UCAUGAAUGGCUGCCGGUUUAGCCGUAAUAAGAAUCAUAAAGAAUAGAGCACCAUAAUACUCGAUUGUUUUUUGUGUAAUGUUUUAUCCACUUGAAAGUAAUAGGUGUUUGGAACGUAUUUUUCUCUUAUUAAAAAUUUUAUCAACGUCACAUUCUAGACUACAAAAUUCUGCACUAGCGCCAUCUGUAACGAUGAAGAUUAGAGAAGUGAUGAAUACAGGAAGUCAUUCACCAAAGAAUAUAGUUCUCAUCCAAAAUUGAAUGGAGAAAAAAGUAUGGAAUUUUAUGGAUAGAUAUGGUAAUAUUUUAAUAUUUGCUCCAUACUCAUGUGAUUCCUGGUCAACAAUACCAAUCUGAAGGCUAUUUGAAAUUUGAUCAUUUGCCGCGGAGUACUACAUCUUACUUUUGCUCUCGUGCACACUCAUCCGGCGAACAGACACAGUCACAGACACUAGACAGUGAAUGCGAGUACCGAGUAGUGAUCGCGAGAAGUUGGUGGUUGUUCUAAUUGUGAGUGCCAAGGAAAUUAUCAAGUGUAGUGCACAAUGAGCUGGCAGGAUUAUGUUGAUACGCAAUUAGUAGCAACAAAGUGUGUUACAAAAGCAGCCAUCGCUGGAUUAGAUGGAAAUGUUUGGGCAAAAACAGACGGAUUUGAAGUCUCAAAAGAUGAACUAUUAAAAUUGGUUAACGGUUUCGAAACUGAAGAUCUCCUAACGUCGUCAGGAGUGACGCUCGAGGGAUGCAGAUACAUAUACCUUUCUGGAACAGACAAAGUAAUUAGAGCGAAACUCGGCAAAACCGGUGUACAUUGUGUAAAAACGCAAAAAGCAAUUGUCGUAUCUUUGUAUGAAGAUCCUAUCCAACCACAGCAAGCUGCAUCCGUAGUUGAAAAGCUUGGAGAUUACUUAGUGGGAUGUGGCUUUUAGAGGACGUGUGCGACGUGUUCCGAGUGGAGUGCAGUGUCACGUGAAGCUAGGCAUUUUCAAAAUACAGCGAACAGAACAACAAAGUUUGCAUCGGGACAUAACAUCAAUGUAAUUAAUUAUAUGGACUGCAUUUUUCUACUAUCGAAUGGAAAUUAUAUAAUUAUAAUUAUUAUCAUUAUUGCUAAAAACGAGCACAGUCGCCAGUGUAAAUUUGGUGGCAAUCAUGGAAAAUCUGUGUAAGUGUGCAAAUGUAAAGGAGAUGCAGAAGAAAUACCGUAUGCAAAGGAAACUUGUAUUAAAUCAGUGUAAGGAAAACAAGGUCACACACUACUAACGAUCGGAAAUUCAUGUAAUAUUUAUACCUUCAAUUAUAUUUGCCCUUACCACUUUUUUUAAAUUAAAUAUUGCCAAUUUUUACAGAAUUUUAGUAAUUUUUCAUUGUAUAAAUACUUUCUUUUGAAAGGGCAAAACUUUCCUUACCGUUUUCCUUGGUGUGGUAAGAGAAAUAGAAUUGUAUUUGAAUACUCCAUUUCAGACGAUUGUCCCAUUUGCAAACGUUUCGGCAAACUAUUAUCAUCGUCUGAUAUGCUUAUGUAACAUAUAUGAAAGUAUGGUAAACUCUAGUCUCAGUAAUGAUGAUUAUACAUAUGAUUGUCGCAGGAAUUUUGGAUAAUCUGAGCUGUAAUUUCUCGUUUAAUUCUUCCUUUAAGAGAUGCAUUACUAGAGAAUGUCAGCUAUGGUUGAAAAUUGUAAAUGAGAGAUUGCUGGUUGCAAGAGUCGCUGCAUCCAAGUCAGAGUACUCACAUGAUGCAGCUCUUUGUAUCAGCUGAGCACUUUGUCUUUGUGGAAGAGAUAAUCUUCGAAUUCUAGCGACCUUGAAGAUUGUUUUUUGUGCGCGGCUUUUGUAAACAGGCACUGAUAAGCGUGAAACGCUUACGGCAACAGUUCUGUUCGCUUGAAUGUUUGUGAUCAAUAAUUUUUUAUAUUGAUUAAGGUAUGUUGACAAAAUAAUUUACAAACCAACCAACGAGUGUGACUGUCAGACUUAUCUGUUUCAAUAAAAUCAUAAUUUAUAUUUGGAGGCUCUAUUUAAUCUAUUUAGGCGGAAAUCAAUGCUCAUUUUUGUGCUACUUUGUAAUAAUUGAAACUGCGAUUCAAGUUUAUCAGUGUUUUGUUACAUUUUUUAAUUGAAUAAAAUAAUCGAUAAUAAACAUGAUUAUAGUAAAAAUCUUUUCUCUGAUUAUUGUCAUGUUCGUAUUCGAACAACUACCAUCGAAUUUCUACUGCAUUUCAUUUCAUUGAUUAGUUGGCAUUUUAUGAAAAUAUUGUAAAAAUUUGUAAAUGAAAUGACAAAAUUUCUAGUGUUUUCUAAUUAUUUAAUUUUUAUUCAGUUUUCUUUUUAGUUUUGUAUCGGCGGAAUAAUAAAUAAUUGGAAUGGGAAUUUGAUAUCUCGUUCUGCAACUUCAUUUUGCAAUUGCAAUAGAAUUACAAGCAGCAGUUUUACUGGAAAAGAAAAAGCAAAGCAAAGAAUAGUUUCAUCUCAAACCAGAAUUACCGUACCGUGGUUUUAUAAAAUAUCAUGUCGCUUAUGAAAAUUGCAUAAUAAAUUGAUAGAAAAUUAUUUAUAUAUAUAUGAAUUAUAAAUGUGAGUGAAUGUGCGUAUGCGUGGAUGCGUGUUUAUGUGUGAGUGUGUGCGUGCCUGUGUUGGAUGCGCUGCGUGCGUGUAUCACUCUGCCUACCAUUAAACAGUGUAAAAAUGUUGGUUGUGCGCAUGCGCGUGCGUGAAUCAGGGCUAUUUGUUGUGAAAGGCGUUUUUAUAAGUGUGCCAAUAUUUAAACUUUUGCAUCUCUACCGCUGGAUUUACUACAAUUAUUGCAUUUUUUUAAUGUUAAAAAAUUUUAAUUUCUAUUGAUUUUCUUGAAUGGAUUUGUAUCUCCCGAAAAUGGGCCCCUUGAAUUGAGAUAUUAAUAAAUGAAGUUGCAUUUAUAAAAAACA